CUAUAGUAUCCAUCACCGUAGGUCUAAGAACUCCCAGCCGUGUGCGAUGGGAACUUCACCUGCAAGGAGAACGAGGUGUGCGUCAGGCCCGGCGAGUGCCGCUGCCGGCACGGCUACUUCGGUGCCAACUGCGACACCAAAUGUCCCCGGCAGUUCUGGGGUCCCGACUGCAAGGAGAUGUGCAGCUGCCACCCCAACGGGCAAUGCGAGGACGUGACAGGCCAGUGCACCUGCAACCCCAACCGCUGGGGUCCCAAAUGCGAGAAUGUCUGCCUCUGCAAGCACGGCAAGUGUGACCAGAAGACGGGCAAAUGCACCUGCGAGCCCAACUGGUGGGGACCCCAAUGCUCCAGCUCCUGCUAUUGCAGCCACAACUCCCAGUGUGACCAGCAGACUGGCAACUGCCUGUGCCAGCCCGGCUGGUGGGGCCGCGGUUGCAACAACCAGUGCUCCUGCAACAACUCGCCCUGCGAGCAAUUCACGGGCCGCUGCCAGUGCCGGGAGCGGACAUUCGGGCCCCGCUGUGACCGGUACUGCCAGUGCUACAAGGGCAAGUGCAACCAGGUGGACGGGACCUGCACGUGCGAGCCGGGCUACCGGGGAAAAUAUUGCCGCGAGCCGUGCCCGGCUGGCUUCUAUGGCCAAGGCUGCAGGAGGCGGUGCGGGCAGUGCAAGAGCCUGCAGCCGUGCACCGUGGCGGAUGGGCGCUGCCUGACCUGCGAGGCGGGCUGGAACGGCACCAAAUGUGACCAGCCCUGCUCGCCUGGCUUCUACGGAGAGGGCUGCGAGAAGCUCUGUCCCCCCUGCAAGGACGGCCACACCUGCAACCACAUCAAUGGCAAGUGCUCCCAUUGCAAUCCGGGCUGGAUCGGAGACCGGUGUGAAACCAAGUGUCGGAAUGGGACGUAUGGGGAGAACUGCGCCUUCGUCUGCAGCGACUGCGUCAACGGCCAGUGCCACUUCGAGACCGGCCGGUGCCUCUGCCACCCCGGCUCCCACGGCACCUACUGUAACCUGACUUGCCCGCCCGGCCGCUACGGAGCCAACUGCGCCGAAGCCUGCAGCUGCCACGACGGCGCCUGCGACCCGCUGACGGGCGCCUGCCACAUGGAGGCCAACCAGCGGAUGGGGGUGAUCGGGGCAGGAGCCCUCCUGGCGCUGCUGCUCAUCCUCCUGCUCUCCCUGCUCUGCUGCUGCUGCGUCUGCCGCAAGAAGGACGAAGCCCGUGGCUCCAGCCAGGACCCGGCAGCAACCAAGAAGCCACCGAGACGCUUGUGCGGGCGUUUCAGUCGGAUUGGCAUGAAGCUCCCGCGCAUCCCCCUGCGCCGCCAGAAGUUACCCAAGGUCGUGGUGGCCCACCAUGACCUGGAGAACACCCUGAACUGCAGCUUCAUCGAGCCACCCUCUGUGGUGGAGCAGCCUUCCCCAUCCUGGUCCUCGCGCGGCUCCUUCUCCUCCUUUGACACCACGGACGAGGGGCCGGUGUACUGCGUUCCCCACGAAGAGAGCGUGGGCGACAGCAGGGACAGGGGGACACCCGCCAGCCCUGGGGACAAGCUGGUGGCCCCGGCAGGCGGGGAAGAAGCGGGCGAAUACACCUUCCUGAAGGAAACGGGCUCUGUCAGAGCUUUCCCAGCCGACAGCAGCGAAACACCCCUGCUCAAGUCCUCAGACAGCGAGCGCUCCUCCUGCGGCUCGGGCUCGGCCGGCGCCGCGCUCUACGCCCGGGUCGCUCGUCUCUCCAAGCAGUCUAAGGAGGAGGAGGAUGCUACCACAGAGCCCCGCAGCUCUGGGAAGCCACCAUCCCCGGAAAGGACCAAGCCCCGUCCCCCAGACCCGGCCACGAAGCCUAAAGUCUCCUGGAUCCACGGCAGGUACAACUCCAGCCAGUCCAACUCGCUGCCGGCACCCAGCCGGUCCCCGGAGCGAGUGGCUGCCCAGUCCAGCAGCCCGGAGCAAGGCCAGGGCUUGGCCAAGAGGAAGAGGAGCCCGAGUGAGACGUCAGCCGGCGUGCAGGGCAGAGUGGAGGAGAAGGGCGGCACGCGGGGCAAGGAGAAAACGCAGAAGCAACCGAAGGAGCCCGGCGUCCCUGAGGGCAAAGCCAGCCUUGCCGGGGAGCCCCAGUCGCCCUCCAAGCCCAAGCAGAGGAGCAAAGCCGGCUCGGAGCCAACGGAGAGCAUCAACGGGGCGGUGCAGAAUGCCUUCCGAAAGAUGGGCACCUUCCAGCCAGAGCGGCGGGUCGGGGACAACAGGGAUGCUCCUCGCAGCCCCGGCGCCAGCAAACCCCGCUCCGAGCCCCUCCAUCCCCACCUGGCCUCCGAGCUGGCCGCCCAGCUGAAGGAAAAGACUCAGAGCCUCAACAAGGGGGACGGAGGCACCCGGGCGAACGGGGUGGGCGCCCAGCGGGAGAAGCCCACCCCUCCGCAGAAAGCCAAGCGCUCGGUGGCCGCCGGCGGCCAGAAGACCAGCAAGCCCUUGCUGCCCACCUCUCCCCACCUGCAAAAACUGAUCCCUGGGGCGGCUGAGCCGGCAGCCGGGGAGCCCAAGCGGGUGGAGAAGCCAAGCACCGGCAGCGGCCAGGACCAGGCUCUCCCCAACGAGCAAGCGGCCAAGAAAACCCCCAUUAAAAAGCCUCCCAGGAAGAAGAGCCGAGAAGCCAGCCUGGAGCCGCCCCGAGCAGCCGCUGUGCCUGCUCAGGCGGUGCAGUGA